AAAAGAAACAAGGAGAAGAGAAACACUAAGAAUCGGUGUAGAAAAAAAGAAAGAAAGAAAGAGUUAGAAGAAAGCCAUGGAAAUACCUCCAACGAAACUCAGUUCGUUUGAUGUUGCAAAAACUGAUGCUGGUUUGUUGCAAAGCAAAGAGCUUUAUCAGUAUAUCUUGGAGACAAAUGUGUACCCAAAUGAGGCUGAAGUUCUAAAGGAGCUAAGAGAAAUUACUGCUACCCAACCAUGGAGUUUGAUGCUUUGUGCAGCAGAUGAAGGUCCGAUAAUGUCUCUACUUUUAAAGCUUACCAAUGCAAAAAAGACAAUUGAGAUUGGAGUGUACACUGGAUAUUCACUUCUUGUCACUGCUCUUGCACUUCCCCAAGAUGGCAAAACCAUUGCUAUUGAUCCAGAUCGGUCAAUGUUUGAGAUAGGACUACCUUUCUUCAAAAAAGCUGGGGUGGAACAUAAGGUGGAGUUCGUAGAGUCUAUUGCGCUCCCUGUUCUUGACAAACUACUGGAAGAUCCAAAGAAUGAAGGAUCAUUUGAUUAUGCGUUCGUCGAUGCAGACAAGGACAAUUACGUUCAUUAUCAUGAGAGACUACUAAAACUAGUGAGGGUUGGAGGAAUGAUUCUUUACGACAAUACACUUUGGUCAGGUACAGUUGCUUGGGAAGAUGAUUUAACACUGGAUGAAAUGAUGAAAGAAAUUAAAGACGUCUUUGUCGAUCUGAACAAGAGAUUAGCAUCUGAUUCUCGCAUUCAAAUUUCACAACUCCCUGUUGGUGAUGGUCUCACAAUGUGUAUGCGUCUACAUUGAAUAAUUUAAUGCAUAAUUUUGCUGGACUGUGGAAUGCAAAUGUGUCUUUCUUUUGUUAUUUUAUUCUCUCUUUAAACCAAAAGUACAAGCAUUAAUUCUGUUUGCCAACACUACCGCUGCUAAUAUAGGAAAUGUGGGGGGCUAAAACAAAGUUAGUGGUUUGUUCUUGCCAGUGUAACUAUUCUAAAAAGAAAAGAAAAAAUUAUGGCC